AAGACUCAAGAAAUAAAAAAAUAUUUGACUUGGGGAAAAUAUAGCUAAGCAAAAAGGAGAAAUGGCAAGUGACAGUGAAGUAGUGGUGAACAACAAGCAAGUGAUAUUGAAGCACUUUGCUAAUGGAGCUCCAAAAGAAUCAGACUUGGAGGUGAAAACAAGUUCCAUUUCUUUGAAAGUAGAACCUGGUUCAAAUGCUGUUAUUGUCAAGAAUCUUUACGUGUCUUGCGAUCCUCUAAUGGGGAACCGGAUGAAGAAUCUGGGAAUUCCUGGUUUAUCUUACACACUUGAAUCGCCACUGGAAGCAUUUGGAGUGGCUAGAGUUGUGGAUUCAGGGCAUUCAGAAUUGAAGACAGGGGAUUUGGUUUGGGGUGCUGUGGGAUGGGAAGAAUACAGUCUCAUCAACAACACUCAAAGUCUCUUCAAAAUCCAUCACACUGAUGUUCCCUUGUCCUAUUAUACCGGAAUUCUUGGCAUGCCAGGCAUCACUGCUUGGGCCGGUUUCUAUGAAUUAGCUGCUCCCAAAAAAGGAGAAAAUGUGUACAUUUCAGCAGCUUCAGGCGCUGUUGGUCAACUUGUUGGACAAUUUGCAAAAUUAAUGGGCUGCUAUGUCGUUGGAAGCGCUGGAAGUAAAGAAAAGGUUGAAAUUUUGAAGAACAAGUUGGGAUUCGAUGAUGCUUUCAACUACAAAGAGGAGCAAGACUUGAACGGAGCUUUGAAAAGGUGCUUUCCUGAGGGAAUCGACAUUUACUUUGAGAACGUAGGAGGAAAAAUGCUUGAUGCAGUGCUUCAAAAUAUGAGAAAUCAUGGUCGAAUUACAGCAUGUGGAAUGAUCUCACAAUACAAUCUUAGGCAGCCUGAAGGUGUUCACAAUUUGAUGAACAUUGUUUUUCAACGGAUUCAGAUGAAAGGAUUCUUUGCCACUGAUUACUUUCAUGAAUAUGCAAAGUUUUUGGAGGUUGUGUUGCCUUUGAUCCGAGAAGGGAAAAUUAUUUAUCUUGAAGACAUUGUUGAAGGUCUUGAAAAUGCUCCUGCUGCUCUUGUUGGUCUAUUUAGUGGUCGCAAUGUUGGGAAACAAGUGGUAGUUGUUUCCAAAGACUAAUAUGUUAUUAGGAUAAUAACAUUUGAAGAUAUCAAAUUAUUACUUUUUUUUAUUGAAGAGACUGAGCUUUGUGUUU